AUGAUAUGGUGUGAAAUCAAUAAUGUACGAACGUUAAAUUUUUGUUUUUUUUUUAAAAGAUAUUAUUUGGCUAGUCGCAGAAAAAUUGGGCUAAGAUAUGGGGGAAAUAAUAAACUUCAAAACAAGGUGGGAAAUAAGAAACAACGACGAAAUGAAAUAAUAAAUAUGGGAACUAGUACUUACAAAAAGUCUAUAUUUUAUGAAGAAAUUAUCGAGAAAAAAAAUGCCGAAAAUAAUAUUAACAUUUUGAAAAUGAUUAAAGAUAGUACAAUAAAAAAAUUGAGUGUCUAUGAUUGCACACUUUUUUUAAAUUUUCUUAUAAAAAAUAAAAAAAAUAAAGAACUUAAACCUGAAAUAAAAAAUGUAAAUAAAAUAAAAUUAACAUCAGCUUUGUAUAAAGAAUCUAUUGCAAAAAUUUUGAAAAAUAUAAUAUUUAUGGAAACAAAGUAUAUAUUAUAUUUUUUUAAUAAGUUUUCAGAUUUAAGAGAUAUAAAUAGUUUAGAAUAUUUAUUUGUUAAUAUAUAUAAUUUCCAUUUACACAAACUAUCCUUAUAUCAUUUUGUCGAAAUUUUUUACAACAUAGUUAUACUUAAUUGCACAUUUCAAAAAAAUAAAGAAAAACUAAAUAAAUUUAUGGAAUAUAUUAUUAUAAAUACAAUUAACGAAAAUAAAAAUAUAAAAAAUUAUGAAAAAAAAAUUAAAAACAAAAUAAAUGUACAAAUACAAUGGGAUAUCAAAAAACCAAUUCAUAUCAAAUCUUUUAAUAAAAAGACUAAAGAGGGAAUUUCUACCCAAAUCCUUAAAACUAAAUGUAUAUCUAUUAAUGGAUAUAGUCAUAUAAUAGAUGGGAAUACAAAGGGAAGAUAUAAAAGGGAUAAAGGAGAGCAGUCUAUUGUUAUUCCAAAAUAUAACAAGAUUAAUAAUAUUAACGAUCUUAUACAACCUCAAUUUAACAUAAGUUCACUCUCAAAUGUUAUGAUAUAUAAAUUAAUAUAUAGUUUAGCAAAAAUAAACAUGAACAAUAAUUUAGUAAAAGAAUUAUUCAUUUUGUUAAUUCCAUAUUUAAGAUAUAGAAUUCAAAAUAAAAAUUAUAUUUAUUCAAGAAAUCACAAUGAUAUAUUAAUCAAAAUUAUAUGGUCUUAUGCUUUUUUACAUAUUAGAGAUAUUAACCUAUUUGUUGAUUUUUCUAUUUGCAUUCAACGAAUUAUUUUUGAUAUAAAAUUAGAAUAUUUAAAAAUCGUUAAAAGUAUUUAUGAGAAUUUGUUAAUAUUUGACGAAUUAUUACUAGACAUGUUAGAUGAUAGAAUUAAUGAAAUUGAAAAAAACACCCCUGAACAAUUUUCACAUCCACGAAAAAAACAAUUUAAAAAAAAAAAAAAAAAAAUUGAAAUUACCGAUGAUAUUAAAUUUAAGCCCCAAAAGAGAAGAAAUUAG